AAGGAGCACCACCUCCUUAAUAAAACCCCACCAAAACCUCAGCCUGGAGCUCUGGAAGGGGAUGCUCGGACAGGGCGGAGUGACUUGGCCAGCAGGGAGGUCUCUGUCACCCUCCGUCCCAACUUCGGGAGGAUGGCUCUCUACUCCAAUUAACACCGUCUGGGCUGCCCUCCAUCAUUCUCCAUUUCUCCCCUGGAAAGGACUGAAUUCUGGAUCAGGGAGUAGCCCUUGUGGCGCUCUGGAUGACCACCAGGGGUCACCCCAACCCAAGGAAACGAAGGCCUGGCCGCUGCCGCGAACCGCGCCCGCUCCGCCCCCCACCUGGGGACGCAGUGCCUGGAAGCGCUCCUGUCGCACCCACCCCAGGACGCGCAGGGCGGGCUCCCUUCUGUUUGCAGGGGAAUUCCCCUAGGACAGUGCGCACCUCCCGCCAGGUUUUCAGGACUGGCGGGCGGGGCGGGCGGGGCGGUCGAGGCGGGGGAAGAGCCGGGUCCCGUAAGGUGAGGAAGAGAAACGCGGCCGCCGCAGUCCCGGGCUGCCGUCCAGCAGCCUCUCGUUCCCCGGUACUGGAGGCUCCUCCCUGGCCCCCAGGGGCUGAGAGGCGGAAGGACACGUUCGGGCUGGACCUCCCUGGGUCAGCCGAGUCCGACGCCCUCUGGCCGCCAAACGGGAGCCUGGGAACCGCAGGAAGACGGACGGCGCAGCACUCCGAUGCGACCCCUCUCCGCUGGGACAAGGCCGCUCCGAUCACGGCUUCCAAACUCCCGCUCCGUGUCCUUGUAAGGGGGCCUGGUUCCCCCCCUCCUCCCCACCCCAUGUCCUGCAGAUGCCUCAAGGAAACCCCACUCGCCUCAAGGUCGGUGGGGGCGGGUGUCCGGAAGUGGAUGCCUGCCUCUCCUAGUCCCUAGGGCAAACUGGCACCUUCCACCCCCACUCUCAGGAAGGCCCUGUGUUGUCUAACUUAAUUCCCUGUUCUGCAUCAUAAACCUCUUGUUUUGCCCCCACCA